UGUUUCUUUGAAGUUGGAAAAGCUAUAUGUGGAAGGAAACCUAGGACAAACUGAUGGCAUAAGAUAAGCUGCAUCUAGAAAUAAUCAACUCUAACACCAGACCCCUUUGCUCAUGACGGGAAAUCUCUGCUACAGCCUCGUCCAACAGUAACUGCAAAUUACACAAGGAUAAUGUUGCCCUGUUUGAAUUUUGCUGUGGUCCUCUGUGUCUUUCAAGUCCUCUGCAUCACCGCUGAUAUAGACACAAGUAGCUUCCUGAUCUUCAAUGAAGAGCACAACAAGUGCAUAAAGGUGGAGAGUGCCACGUCUAUAACAGUGGAUGAUUGUAAUCCUCAUGCCAAAGAUCAACAGUUCCGAUGGGUCUCUGAGUCUCACCUCCUCAGUUUGUCCCUCAAGCUGUGUUUGGGUACUACAGCAAUAGAAGACGGGGUGAGAGUGCAGCUCAUGAAAUGUGAUGAGAGCAAUGACCUCCAGCAUUGGCAGUGUAAGAACGAUACCCUCUUUGGCCUAAAAGACCAGGACCUGCACUUAAACUGGGGUCACCGCCAUGACGAAAGGGUUCUGAUACACAAAGGUUCAGGGACGUGGAGUCGCUGGAGGAUAUAUGGCACUCAGGGGGACCUCUGUUCAAAGGGAUAUCAAGUUGUAGGUCCCACUGCUCCCCCACAGCUUCCUGGAAACUGUCCACAAUCAACAAGCAGGGGAACAUGGAUACCUUUCAGUGGCCAUUGUUAUUCCUUCUUCAGCUCAGUGACCAAUGACUGGGCCCAUGCCACAACUGAAUGUAUAAAAAUGGGUGCUUCUCUAGUGAGUAUUCAGGAUCCUAUUGAGAGUAAAUUCAUAGAAGAGAAUGUGGAGAUUCUCCAGGACAGUGCUAAAACCUUUUGGAUUGGCAUGUACAAGACACAUGAAGAUAAGUGGAUGUGGAUCGAUAACAGCCCUUUGGACUAUACCAACUGGAAAUCAGGAAUGGCACAGUCAGAGUCGUGUGUGUACAUCAGUUCUGACACUGGUCUGUGGAGUACGACAGACUGCACAAGGUCAUUUUCUUACAUCUGCAAAACACCAAAAGACACAAAUAGCUUCCUGAUCUUCAAUGAAGAUCACAACAAGUGCGUAAAGGUGGAGAGUGCCACGUCUAUAACAGUGGCUGCUUGUAAUCCUCAUGCCAAAGAUCAAGAGUUCCGAUGGGUCUCUGAGUCUCACCUCCUCAGUUUGUCCCUCAGGCUGUGUUUGGGUACUACAGCAAUAAAAGACUGGGUGAAGGUGCAGCUCAUGGAAUGUGAUGAGAGCAAUGACCUCCAGCAUUGGCAGUGUAAGAACGAUACCCUCUUUGGCCUAAAAGACCAGGACCUGCACUUAAACUGGGGCAACUACGAUGAGAAAAGCGUCAUGAUCUACAAAGGUUCAGGGUUCUGGAGUCGCUGGAAGAUAUAUGGCACUCAGGGGGACCUCUGUUCAAGGGGAUAUCAAGAGACAUUCACACUAGGAGGAAAUGCUUUUGGAGCCGCUUGUCAGUUCCCUUUUAAGUUCCAUGAGAAGUGGUACGCCGAAUGUACUAAAGACGGUCGUACGGAUGGACAGCUGUGGUGUGCCACAGAGAGAGAUUAUGAUAAAGUGGGAAAAUGGGGAUUUUGUCCAGCCAGAGUUGUAGCUCCCACUGCUCCCCCAAAUCUUCCUGCAGACUGUCCACAAUCAACAAGCAGGGGAACAUGGAUACCUUUCAGAGGCCAUUGUUAUUCCUUCUUCAGUUCAGUGACCAAGGACUGGGCCCACGCCUCAAUUGAAUGUAUAAAAAUGGGUGCUUCUCUAGUGAGUAUUCAGGACCCUAUUGAGAGCAAAUUCAUAGAAGAGAAUGUGGAGAUUCUCCAGGACAGUGCUAAAACCUUUUGGAUUGGCAUGUAUAAGACACAUGAAGAUAAGUGGAUGUGGAUCGAUAACAGCACUUUGGACUAUACCAACUGGAAAUCAGGAAAGUCAGAGUCGUGUGUGUACAUCAGUUCUGACACUGGUCUGUGGAGUACGACAGACUGCACAAGGUCAUUUUCUUACAUCUGCAAAACACCAAAAGCCCACGUCGUCCAGGAAACUACACAUCGGUCCGCUGGCAUCACUGUGGCUAUAGUAUUAAUUGUAAUCGCCUUAGUUGGACUUGGUGCCUUCCUCCUGUUCCAUAAAAGGAUACCUAGGAUACCUGCCCCCACCCUGGGAGAAUUCACCUUUGACAACAAGUUAUACUUCAACAAUCCAAACCGAGCAGCGGUGGACACCAAAGGGCUGGUUGAGAACAUCGAGCAGAAUGAGCAAGCAUAGAAAAGCAGGAGAGGAUUGGCAAUCAACCCCAUGAAAAUUAGAUUUCUGUUUUUAUUUUAUGCUUUUAUUGUGGAUCACUUCUCUGGAAACUGGAACUGCCUGGUGGUUUUUUGAGGAAUUUUUACGAUUUUUGUAUCAAAGAUAGUUAUUACAAAUUAUUGGGUUUUCUUUUUCAUGAUAAUGUGAUAUGUGAAAUGUGUACAGAUUGUUUUGUGUUUUGUUUUACUUUUAUAAUCAACAUAAAGAAUAAUGAAAAUGACAAAAAGUGAAUGUGAUUUUUAGUGCAAUUUGACAAAUCUAAGUUGGAAUGCUCUCUGCAUCCAUUUAACGGCAUUUAUAUUAA